AUGACUGCACCAAAACCUCUUCCUACGCUAAAUGAAGACCGCCAAUCUGAAUUGGUCAAUAAUCUGAGCCAUUGGGCGCUAGGAAAUGGUUUAGCGAUGUACCCCACCAAUUUUGAGCUUCAUAACACUGGCUAUGCACCAGUUACCCUUUUUCCAACACCAUUUCCAAGAGGACAAUUUGAGAAGGCAUUGGCCGUUCAGGAAGACUUUAAUGAGCUCUAUGCUCAGGUAGUCAAAAAUCAGGAAUGGCUGGGCUCAAUUCUGGAGGACUUAUCUCAAUUUGAUAGGGAUUUUACUGGUAAGUUAUGGGAAAUUUACAAGGAGGCCAAGAAGAUUGGAAUUGUUCAACCAGUCUCAUUGGGCUUGUUUCGAUCCGAUUACAUGGUGGAUACGUUAUCUGCUCCCUCAUUUGAUGGUAUAAAUGGAAAAAUCAAACAAAUUGAAUUCAACACUGUUAGUGUAUCCUUUGGGGGGUUAUCACCCAAGGUUGCCCAGCUUCACAGGUACUUAAAUGAGAAUGGUAAUUACCACAAUGAGGGUAAGCUUCAUUUUGAAGAUGAUGAGCUUCCAAAUUCUGAAUCGACAGUUUCUUUGGCCGAUGGUUUGGCAAAAGCUGCCGCGUAUUAUAAUACUAGUGAGUCUGUUGAGUCCUCUGUUGUGCUAGUGGUAGUGCAAAAUAAUGAACGAAACGUUUUUGACCAAAGGGCCCUUGAAUUCGAACUGUUAAAACGUCAUAAAGUUAGAUCUAUUCGAUUGCGCAUGGAAGAUAUAUCUGCAAGUAUUGAUAUUGAUGAGCAAACGAGAAGAAUUCGACUGAAAACGACGGGGGAAGAAGUUUCAGUUAUCUAUUAUCGUUCAGCUUAUGCACCAAGUGAUUUUAGUAACUUGCAAAACUGGCAGACAAGGCUGGAAUUGGAGGUGACCAAAGCUAUCAAAUGUCCAAGUGUUCUGACCCAGCUUAGCGGUUGUAAAAAAGUUCAACAAAUUCUAUCUACAAAAGAGGCAAUACAGCAGUUUCUACCUACAAAAAAUGACCAGGACCUGAGUACCUUAUGCGAUACAUUCGUCAAAUUGUACCCACUGGACAACUCUGAGCUUGGACAAAAGGCCAAGAAACUUGCUUUUGAAAAACCGGAGCAGUUUGUUUUGAAACCUCAGAGAGAAGGUGGAGGUAAUAACAUUUACAAAGAAAAUAUUGUUCCCUUUCUACAGAGUUUAAAUGAGAAAGAUUGGCAAGGCUAUAUACUCAUGGAACUGAUUCGCCCACCAGCCUCAAAGAAUAAGAUAAUACGUGAGGGGAAAAUAUAUGAGGAAGACAUUAUUAGUGAAUUGGGUGUGUUUGGAACAUUAUUGUUCAAUGAAAACUCGGGGCAAAUCCUUAGCAAUGAAGUUUCGGGUUGGCUAUUACGUUCCAAGUUCAGCUCCUCUAAUGAGGGAGGUGUUGCUGCUGGGUUUGGAUGUGUUGACAGUGUUUAUCUCUUCUAA